CGCGAAGGAGUCGGUGCAACCGCGCCCCCCCCCCUCUCUCGUCCGAUCGCAUCUCCUCUCCGCCUAGCCCCCGGCGACCCCAGAGAUCCCUCCUGCGAGCCAGCCGGACCCCCAGCGCCGAAGACUUUCGGGGGCGCGGGGCCGUCCGGGUCGCCGCCGCUCUCGGGGCGGGACAGCCCCCGGCCGUGUCGCCGCCGCCGCCGCGGGGCGAUCUCCAAGCGAGGAUCUCCAAGCGCUGCUCGGCUCGGCCGCGGGCCAGGAGGGGAGGGUCCGGCCUUGCCCCACAGGCGUCCAUUGGCGGCUUACCCCGGCCUCCGCGCCAUGCCUCUGGCCGAGUGAGCCUCCCCGGGCUUCGGAGCCCGCAGGUGCCCGCGGGCGCGCCAGGCCCGGUUGGGGAGGGGGCGCUGCGCUCGCCAUGCUGCGAGGGUCCCGGGCCCUAGCUCCAGCCGCCGGGCCGCCCUCGAAGGGACUGCCCGCGAUGAGCCCUACAGAGCUGUGGCCGCCCGGUCUCAGCAGCCCCCAGCUCUGCCCGGCCACCACCACCUACUACACCUCGCUGUACCCGCAGACCGUGCCUCCCACUGCGGCGCCCGGCACCUGCCUCGACGCCACCCCCCACGGACCGGAGGGCCAAGCUGUGCGAUGCGUGCCGGCUGGCCGGCUGCCGGCCAAAAGGAAGCUGGACCUGGAGGGGAUCGGGAGGCCAGCAGCCCCUGAAUUCCGGACCCCCAAGGGGAAGUGCAUUAGACUGGACGGCCUCCCCAGCCCCAGAACCCCCAAGUCCCCCGGGGAGAAGACUCGGUACGACACAUCGCUGGGGCUCCUCACCAAGAAGUUCAUUUACCUCUUGAGCGAAUCCAAGGACGGCGUGCUGGACCUGAACUGGGCUGCGGAGGUGCUGGCCGUGCAGAAGCGGCGCAUCUAUGACAUCACCAACGUGCUGGAGGGCAUUCAGCUCAUCCGGAAGAAGGCCAAGAACAACAUCCAGUGGGUAGGCAGGGGAAUGUUUGAAGACCCGAGCCGGCCUGGGAAGCAGCAGCAGCUGGGGCAAGAGCUGAAGGAGCUGACCAGCACCGAGCAGGCCUUGGACCAGCUCAUCCAGACCUGCUCUCUGAACUUCAAGCACCUGACCGAGGACAAGGCCAACAAGAGACUGGCCUAUGUGACUUACCAGGACAUCCGUGCUGUUGGCAGCUUCAAGGAGCAGACAGUGAUUGCUGUCAAGGCCCCUCCGCAGACAAGACUGGAAGUGCCUGACAGGAGCGAGGAGAACUUGCAGAUAUACCUGAAGAGCACGCAGGGGCCCAUCGAAGUCUACCUGUGCCCAGAGGAGAUGCAGGAGCCAGAGAGUCCAACCAAGGAGCCCCUCCCCUCCACCUCCGCCCUCAGCCCCGCCCCCGACUCCACCCAUCCCAGCAGCAGCACUGACCCUGGGAUGACACAACCCAUGGCAUCCCCAGGCCCAGCGCUGACUCCCCAGCCGGCCCUGCAGCCGCCACCACUGCCACCGCCACUUGUGCCCCUGGAGGCCACCGACAGCAUGCUGGAGCUGCCACACCCCCUCCUGCAGCAGACUGAGGACCAGUUCCUGUCCCCCACCCUGCCAUGCAGCUCCCCCCUGAUCAGCUUCUCCCCACCCUUGGACCAGGAUGACUACCUGUGGGGCCUGGAUGGGGGUGAAGGCAUCAGUGACCUCUUUGACUCCUACGACCUCGGGGACCUGCUGAUUAACUGAGUGGCCCUGCCUGCCCCCGGCAGCCCACCCCCGUCUCUACCUCCUCACAGACUGGCAGGCCCUCCGCCCGCACGGGGAUGUGGGAUGCAAGGUGCUGCCUUCAGGGUACGGGGCUUUCUUUCCUCCUUUCGUACCCCCCCAGCUGGCUGAAGCUGUCUGGGGGGGGGAGGAUGUGGCCCGCGUAGAGGAUCUGGGUGAGGAGUGUCUCAGAGAUUGGGUCCUCUCCUUCCUAACGGAAGCAGAGCCUGGAAGGUCCAUCUGGCCUCUGACCUCUGACCUCUCACGCGAAGAGCCACAGGUGAGGCGACCAGGUCCAGGGAAAGGGCCCUGCACCCCCCCCCCACCUUUUGAGGGGGAAUUAGGACCCUGAGUUUAUCGAGAAGCACUUAAUGCCUUCGUAUUUAUUUCAGGUUGAGUUUUGUGUGUUUCUUCCCUGGGUGUUUAGCAGGGAGAUUUUACCCCGUUUCUAGUGAGGCUUCUCAAGAUAGGCCCGGCGCCGCCCACAGUCCAGGGCAGGCCGGGGCCCCAGCCAGCUCCCCAGCUUCCCCACAGCGGCGGGCUGGGUCUCUGGAGGGCCGUCCGGUCUGCUGGAACGCUACUUGCACUUAGGCCUCGUGAUUCUAGUCAGUGGUGGCCUGCAUCCCCGAGGCACUAGCCUCGGGUUCCUGGUCUCUGUCUCUGAGGCGAUGGCAGGGAGUCACCCCAGGGGAGGUGGCCUCCAGGCUCCAGUUAUGGACAUCGACUUCCUGUGGAGUCCCCUACCUCUCCCUCCCCUUAAACAUGACAAACAGCCUUCCAGGGGGUCCGCAUGGAAGAGCCCCCCCUCCCCAGGAAUGUGGAAGCAGCUAUCGACUGGGGGGGGGCACCUUUCCUCUGUUUUUGCCUCUUGCUUGGGACAGGUGCUUUCUUACAGGGAGGACCUGGGAGGGAGUGGUAGCCCCCACCCCAUAGAGACAGGGGGGAUUAAAAUAAGAAAAUGCCAGAAAGCACCCCCUCUGGUGGCUGCUGGUAUAGUCGUCCCCUUCUGUGGAAGGAUUUUUUUGAUUAUUGAAGGGAGUCAUUGUGUAAGGACCUCCUCUCCCCGUGGGCUCUCCUACAGACAGACCCUGCCCUCCUUACCCCCCACCUGCCCAGCCAAGGACAGAGGUGACUGGGACUUGGUGGAGUUUUGCCUCCUUUUGUCAUAGGAAUGCUGAAGGGCUGACAGAAGGACUCUUCACUGCAGACCAGACCUUGGCAGCUGAGGGGGCGAUGGACGUACGUUAGCUCUUCAGGCUCAGGGUCCUGAGAAGGUCUCUUGCCCUCCUCCCCACCCGCCUCCCAGAGGCGUCUGGAGACACCACCCCAAGGUGUCUCUGAAGCCCAGUUGGGUGCAGGGGGUGAUGAGCACUCCUCCCCACCCAGCCUGGGGUGGGGCUGCUCUGGGCUGAACCAAGGCUGUGCCCUCUGGAGAGAGGCAGCCAGGGAUGGUGGUCUAAGAGGCCGACCACCCACCCUCAGGGAGCUAGGUUUCCUCAGGGGCUCAGCUGGGCAGCACUUUGUUUUUUCUUUUUUUAAGUUUGUAGCAUUAAGUUGGUUUUAAAUAUGAAGUUGGCCUCAUGGGAUUUCUCUUGAGCUGACCAGAAGCUGGCAUUGGAUGGAAGUCUGGGAGGUAGACUUGUUUGGACUUGGGGUCUGAUGUGAGCUACUGCCCACGUGGGGACAGUCGUGCCUUGUCAUUUUCUCCACUUCCCGGGCCCCUAACUGCCCUCUCAGUCAGGAGUGGUCAACAGGUCACAGAUGCCUGGUGCGGUGAACAGGGCUAAUUUUGUAUGCUUUGCAGAAAUUCUUUUGAUCCCCCGCCUCCCCGGAUGCUCCCAGCGGGCUCGUCAGAAGUCUGUUUCGAAGCCCAGUGUGUCCAGGGUCAAGGGCCUACCUCGGCCCUUGGGCAGGGGAAGGGAGCGUUGCAUGGAAUCUAGUUGGGGGCGUGUGGUGCCAGCCGUGGUGUUGCUGUUCUGAGAUCUCUGGGCUGCCAUUUAGCCAUGUCCCGUCUCUGAAGAUAGAGACGUUUGACUUAUAGGCCUUUGGCUCUGUCUAGAGUGUUCUAGAAUUAAGGCAGAGACAAAAGGGAGAAGAGGCCUUCAGGAACCACCAGGAAUGAGUUUAAUGGCAAAGUCUGGCUGGAAUUCCAGCUCAUUCCACAAAUGCCCAGCCAUAGCACUGGAUGGACGGGCUGCCCCUUGGGCCCAUGGCUUGUAUCCUGAGCAGCUGGCCCUGUCCUGUGCUAUCCCCUCCACACCCUGCCUGGCCCCCGGGGGCUGGACCGCCGAGGCCAAGCCUCAGGCUGGGGGCAGGGGGCUUAGGAGGGACACAAGCUCAUGCCUGAUUCUUGCCAGUGACACUUGAAACUUCUCAAGUUCCUUCAAGUGCUUUAAGAAUGAAUUUUGGCUGGUAUUUCCUUUCAGGGCCAUGUAAACUUUAAAUCUAGUCACUUUCUUCCCGAGGUACGUUAUUUCUGUCAGGAUGUUUCCCAGCUCUGCCUGGCAGCCUGCAAGUCACCUGUGUCCCCAGAGGCACCAAAGGCUCGGGGGCUCCAGGGACCUGGGUAGCAUUAAGUUGUGCAGUAGAGUUGGAGACCCAAAGAGAUUUCUUAAAACCGGGGACGUGCUCCCACGUCCCUUCCCUUUGAAAGUGUUCGUUAGGUCAGUGUGGUGUCCCUUCUCCACAGCGGGGCUCUGGUUGGGCUGGUGUAGCUAUGGGGGGUGGUGAAGCUCAGAAAGCUGCUUCUGGGAGGGUUUUGACUUUCCUUUCCCUCCCCGAGUUUUCUCAGCCUCAGUUCUGCACAGCGUGUAGUUUUUAGUAAAAGCGUUUGGGUGCUCGCACAUCCGAGCAUCGUGUGGCUUCAGUGCAUUUGAAGUGAAAGCCUUUUGGGGUUGUUUGUGAGCGGCUUUCUGGUUCUCAUCGCUGUGUCCCAGGGUCCCCACCUCAUCCCGGGAUGCUGUUCUCCCAUGAGGACCCUUGGUGACCAGAAGCCCAGGCAGCCCGCUGGCUCCUGGGUGAGUGAAGAAGUCUUGUAUACGGCACGUGUGUCUCUAGGGUAACCAGCCCCAGGAGAGCCUGGCCCCGUGCUAGAACUCUGUACGGGUCACUUCCCUCUGGUCUGGUUUUCCCCUGGGUCCUGGCUUGAUGAGCACCACGUAAACCUCCUUGUGUUGUGAUAAUCGGGCAUUAAAUGGGAACUCUGGACACCUUGA